UUAUUUUUCUUGUCUAGAUAUCAGCCCCGUUUCUCACACUGCCCCAACGAGUCUCUCUCUCUCUCUCUCUCUCUCUCUCUCUCUCUUUUCUUCUCUCCAUCUCUCUCAAGUUGCAACAAACUUUCUCUGACUGAGUUCCAUUGUUAUCUUCCUCUAGCUUUUGUUUCUCUUACACACACUCCCCCAUACCCUUUGUUCUUCAAUCAUGGCUGCUCUAGUGCUUGCAGUGCUCAUUCUGGCCAUGACUGGCCGCUCAAGUGCCACAUGGUGUGUUUGCAAGGAUAAUGUGGGUGAUGCAUCCUUGCAAAAGACUUUGGACUACGCUUGUGGAGCUGGGGCUGACUGUAACGCUAUCCAUUCGAACGGGCCUUGUUUCAACCCUAACACUGUUAAGGCUCAUUGCAAUUAUGCUGUCAACAGCUAUUUCCAAAAAAAGGGCCAAGGUCAAGGCUCAUGUGAUUUUGCUGGCACUGCCACUGUCACUGCAUCUGACCCUAGCUCUACUGGCUGUGCUUACCCAUCUAGUGUCAGUGCCGCAAGCAGCACAACACCAACCACUCCCGUCACAACAACUACUCCAUCAACCACCACACCCUCAACCAUGAACCCAAGCACUAACACCCCCACAAGCACAACACCAUACGGUACGACAACACCUACUGGAGUGUUAGGCGGAGUUGGCACAGGCUUAGGCCCUUCCGGAGCUGGGAUCAACACAGACUACAGUGAUGGAGGAUAUCGGCUCCAAGGCUUGUCUUUCUUCACAACCCUCUUGUUUUCAGGCUUGAUGCUAUUGUUGGGUUGAAAAAACAAAAACAGCAAGUGGAUUGUGGUGGUAGUGGGGUAAGGGUGGUCAGUGGUUAUGCUGGAUUUCAAUGUGCAUAAGUCGGUACCCAUGUGAUUCUGCUGUUGUUUAUCUAAGGACAUGUUGGCUAAGUUUUUUGUUACUUUCUUCUUCUUCUUCCCCUCCUUACAUGAGCAUGGAGAUGGGCUUUUCUUUAUUCCUUUUAAACCAUGGUUUUGUGGUGACGGAUGUAGUGUUAUCUACCUUUUUCACGUUUUUAUGUACAUCUAGAUCUAGAAUUCAGUGAAUUAUUAUUUUGAAGAGAAUAUGGCACCACAACAUCAUCCUCAUUGGUAGCACUUGAGAACCUGGUUUAUCUUUUAAAAUUCCUUGGAUUUGUCCUUCUGUUCUUUGCUCAUAUCUGCUUCGGUGUCAUCUUGUUUGUCUUCUUUCUCAAAUUUCAAUGUUGGGGAACUG